ACACGCCCCUUGUUUUUCCACAGAAUGCAAAUACUAAGACAGUUCUGGAGUUAUGGCGUCUCCGGGCUGAUGAUCUACUAGGCGAGGGAAGCUUUGGACGGGUGUACAAGGCCACUCGAGUAGUCACCGAUCAGAUCAUGGCUGUAAAGAAAUCCCGAGCAUCUCUUGCACUCAAAACCACCAUCUUGGAUCAUGAGCGACGGGUUCUGCAGCGUCUGCAGGGGCACCCUUCCAUUCCAAAAGUCUUCGCCCUAUGGACGAUUGGAGCAUUUCGAGUAUCUUGCUAUGCAGCUCCUCGGGAUGAACCUUGGUGAAGUACAAGCACGCCGUCCUCUACCUGCAGCAAACACCUUAGUGGUUGCUGAUCAGAUGAUCUCGGCUCUCGAACACAUACACAAGAACAAACUUGUCCACUGCGACAUCAAACCCGGGAACAUCAUCCUCCACCCCACCGAUCCCAAGCGCUUGUAUCUGGUCGACUUUGGGCUCACCCGGGCUAUUGCACAUGAGGCCCAACCCAACCUCUCUACGGAUGAACCCCUAACAUCGCAUGCCAUUGGUACGCUGGAGUACGUCAGUUUGAACAUCCAUUGUCACAUUCGAUCAGCUUCGCGUGACGAUAUAGAAUCUCUUGGCUAUACGCUCCUCAGUCUUGCUCGGGGAGACCUUCCAUGGACAUACAACACUCGGCAUGGAACAAGCAAGAAUCAGGAAGUUCAAGUUAGAAUCAAAAAGCAGCAAUUUAGCGGUGCUGACAUGUCCCCAGAUGGCUUACCUUGCUUUGAAACCCGUGCACUGGCUGGCUUGCUGGAUCCUGCUACAAUCAACUGGAAUAUUCCGGCUGAGGCUUCGUCAGACUCUCCGUCGCUUCCCCGUAUAUGCGUGGACACCAUUCCCCUCUGCCCUGGACAAAUUGUAUGCUGCCAAAUCGAUGUUCGCACAACUAUUGAGGGCUACAGCGCUCGAGCGGGUGAUCCAUUGUUCUGUCGGGAUCCCAGUCUCUCCCCUGAAAAAUGGGACACAGCGGUCCGCCCUGCGGUUGUUCUCCGAGUUGGAAUAGACGAACGAAGCAAGCUCCAGAGUAUUGUAGUCGUCUGUAUCGGACAAGGAGUCCUCUCUUCCACUGACAUGAAUGUUGUUCCCAUCUCCUCCUCGCCUACUGAGGGCAGUUUGACGCCGAGUCCCGCUUGGCCGCUCUCUGACUCCUACUGCUACAUAUUUCCUCGGCUGAUGCGAUUUGUCCAACCUGUUCCUUCUCACUGGACGAUCAGCAAAACCGACGUCGAUCUCCUCCUCCAGAAGUUUGGUAAUCACACGUUCGCACACACGUUACCGUACCUGGACCGAUAUAUUGCUUACCAACAUCCUUUUGUCAAGAUCACUGCAUUUGGCCCGGAUUUUUCUCGUGGUAAUGGGGAAGGCAUGCCCAUCGAAUGGGGAGGACGCAGAGCAUGGUACGACGAGUGGCAAACUGUCAAAAAGCGUCGCGAGGAACUUGACCUUGACCAGGGCUCGAGCGAUUAUAAACGCGCUCUGCCCGAAAGUUAUUUCGCCUCGGACCUUUCGCAAUGGGGGGGUUUACAGAUGGAACUGAGCUCAUCUGUGACGGCGGGUGUGGAUGACAGUGACGCUGGGUUGCCUCUGCUGCCCCUGAUCGUUGAUGUCGAGAUGCCUCGCGAU